UUCUUUGCCAUUCACUCAAAUAUAAUGCAGCGUAACAUAGUGGAGUUUUUGAAAAUAUUUUCAUAUUGCUUGGUUUAUUUGAUAUGUCUGAGCUGCGCUCGGUUUGCCGAACUUGUGGCAAAAAUGUGGCCAAUUCUCAGGCCAGGGCCACCAAACUGUUCGACAAAUGCAACUUUCACCUAAUUAGUUUGCUGGAAAAUAUCACCGAUAUGUAUCUGGACUCUGAUACUACUCUGCCAUAUCUCAUUUGCCAAUGGUGCAAACAGCAGCUGGACAGGAUUUGGGCAUUUCGCAGUAAGUGCUUGGAGGUCUACAAGUCCUUUUUGGCCGUCAAUAGGAAACUUCUGCGACAAAAGGCGGUAGUUGACGAGGAACUCGCUGAACUGAAUGAUGAGAAGCUACUGCAGGAUAUGCGGGCCCACAAGGAUCAGGAAAUGGCAGAUACAGCUGGGCUUCUGCGGGAAGAUCAAAAUGAUAACGAAGAAGAGGACCCAGAAGAAGGUACUCAGAAUGAGGGCAAUCUAGAGGAACCACUACAAACAGUGCAGGCAAAACAUUAUCAGGAGCAGCUCCAUAAUACUUCCGGCACCUCGAAGGGAGUAGGCACCCGCGUACCCAAGCGUGCUAAGCGCAACUCCAAGUCCUGGUUCUGUGACCAGUGCGGCGGCGUGUUCAAGUCCUCCACCUACCUCAAGCUGCACCUACAGCGGCACACCGGCCACAAACCCUUUGAGUGCGACAUUUGCCAGGCCAAGUACUACACGGAGAAUGAGAUGCGCCGCCACAGGAUCCUUCACACGGACGCCAGGCCGUAUGCUUGCCGAUUCUGCCACAAGACCUACCGAGGAUGCAGCAGUAAAGUGGUCCACGAGCGAACUCACACCAACGAGCGUCCCUUUCAGUGCCAGUAUUGCGACAAGGCCUUCACCUCCACGUCUACGCGCCAAAAACAUGAGAUGUUGCACACCAAUCAGCGGAAGUACCACUGUGAGAUCUGCGACCAGUGGUUCCUGCGCUCCUCCCAUUUGACCUUGCACCAAAAUACUAAACUUCACCAGCGAAGAGCUCAACGUGCUAGGACUGUCUAGAAUACAAGUGGACAAACUUAAGUUAAGUUUCUAAGACUGUCGAAAAUAAAAGUAU